UGAGGAAGGGUGUGGUCUUGAACAAAUUUACAUAAAGCUGAACCCGUCGGCCUCUAGGACUUCGCGCAUUGAUUGGUAGCCCCAGGCGCGUCGCCGUGGAGCCUGCCGGGAGAUGUAGUUCCGCGUUCGGUUGCUAUGGCCCUCUCCGCGCAUUGAUUGGAAGCCCCAGGCGCGUCGCCUUGGAACAUGCCGGGAGAUGUAGUUCCGCGUUCGGUUGCUAUGGCCCUCUCCGCGCAUUGAUUGGAAGCCCCAGGCGCGUCGCCUUGGAACAUGCCGGGAGAUGUAGUUCCGCGUUCGGUUGCUAUGGCGGUCUCUAGAGUGCGAGACUGACGAGCGACCUGACCAAUGGGAACAGGCCUUGGCGCUUAGGGGGCGGGUCCUCUACUGAGGGGCUCGAAGGUGGCGGAGGUGAAACUGCUGGCCGUUGGAGCCGCUCCGAGGCAGCUUGCAUCUUCCUCCACUUUCAUGGAAGCAAAAGUCUGGAAGUUCCCUUCCACCGAGACUCCCAGAUGACUAUGAAAGGCUUAUAUUUUCAACAGAGUUCUACAAGUGAAGAAGUAACAUUUGUGUUCCGAGAUAGGGAAAAUCUUCCUGUUACAGAAGAUAACUAUGUGAAACUUCAAGUUAAAGCUUGUGCUCUGAGCCAGAUAAAUACAAAGCUUCUGGCAGAAAUGAAGAUGGAGAAGGAAUUCUUUCCUGUUGGGAGAGAAGUUGCUGGAAUUGUGUUAGAUGUUGGAAGCAAGGUAUCAUUCUUUCAACCAGAUGAUGAAGUAGUGGGAAUUCUGCCCCUGGAUUCUGAAGACCCUGGACUUUGUGAAGCUGUUCGAGUCCAUGAGCAUUACUUGGUUCACAAACCAGAAAAAGUCACAUGGACAGAAGCUGCUGGAACCAUCCGGGAUGGAUUAAGAGCCUAUACAGCCCUGCAUUAUCUUUCUCAUCUCUCGCCUGGAAAAUCCGUGCUGAUAAUGGACGGAGCAGGUGCACUUGGUACAAUAGCUAUUCAGUUAGCACACCAUAGAGGAGCCAAAGUGAUUUCAACAGCAUGCAGCCUUGAAGACAAGCAGUUUCUUGAAAGGUUUAGGCCUCCUAUAGCUCGAGUGAUCGAUGUGUCUAACGGGAAAGCCCACGUGACUGACAGCUGUUUAGAAGAAACGGGUGGCCUCGGAGUGGACAUUGUCCUAGAUGCUGGAGUGAGGUUAUAUAGUAAAGAUGACGAACCAGCUGAAAAAUUACAACUACUACCACAUAAACAUGAUAUCAUCACCCUUCUUGGUGUUGGAGGCCAUUGGGUAACAACAGAAGAAAACCUGCAGCUGGAUCCUCCAGAUAGUCAUUGCCUUUUCCUCAAGGGAGCAGCAGUGGCUUUCCUUAAUGAUGAAGUUUGGAAUCUGUCAAAUGUACAACAGGGAAAGUAUCUCUGUAUUUUAAAAGACGUGAUGGAGAAGUUAUCAACUGGUGUUUUUAGACCUCAGUUGGAUGAACCCAUUCCACUAUACGAGGCAAAAGUCACCAUGGAAGUUGUUCAGAAAAAUCAAGGAAGAAAGAAGCAAGUUGUUCAGUUUUAACGUUCUCUCUCAGACCUCAGGUGGAUGAACCAGUUCCAGUAUUUGAAGCCAGAGCUUCCUUGGAAAUUGUUCAUAAAAGUCAAGGAACCUAAAAGCAAGUUUUGUGUUUUUAAGCAUAUUUUCCUGCUGAAACAAGAUGCUCAUAUUUGAAGUAUUUGAAAAGCAUCUGAAAAAAAUUAUCGUACAGGUCGAGACAGUUGUAAAAUUUAACAUCUAAAGGGAAUAUUCUGAAAGCCUUUUAAAUUAUUGUCCCUAUAUAUUUGCCUCUUAUAAAUUCUCUACAUGAAGAAAAACUGUCAUCGGAAUCCACACUAUGUCGACAAGGCUUGCUUUGUCAAAAUACCGUUAUUACUUUUCUAUUCAUCUCCUUUCUCAAUACUUACCUUCUUUAAAAAUCCUUUGUUGUCGUAAUUUAAUACUUAGACUAUAUUUCCAAGUAUGAAAGGAUCUA